AUGGGCUUCUCUGAUGGAGAUGUAAACAAGGGCGCUGGUCUCUUCAAGACCCGCUGCGCGCAAUGCCACACUGUCGAGAAGGGCGGCCCCAACAAGGUCGGCCCCAACCUCCACGGACUGUUUGGCCGUAAGACUGGUCAGGUCGAGGGUUUCAGCUACACUGCUGCGAACGUGAACAAGGGUGUUACAUGGGACCAAGACACCCUUUUCGAGUACCUCGAGAACCCCAAGAAGUACAUUCCAGGGACCAAGAUGGCCUUUGCGGGUCUGAAGAAGGAGAAGGACCGCAACGACUUGAUCACCUGGUUGCGCCAAGAGACCAAGUAA